AUGGCUACAAAAAAAAAAUUAUCUCCUUAGGAAGAAAUAAAGAGUUAUAGUUUAAAAGAAGGAGAUUAUAGCAUAACAGUUAAAGUUCUUGAAGCUAAUGACCUUAUUCCAAAAGGAAAAGGGUUCUUAGGAUUUGGAGCUACUUAGGUAGUUACAUCUUAAGUAAUGGUGGAGGUCUUAGACAAAAAGAAGAAAUCUAAAAUUAUUAAAAACUAGGCUAACCCUGUUUAUAACUAGGGAUGGACAUUUUAUUUCAAAUCAUUAAAAAUGGAAUAAUUGCAAGAUAUUACUAUUAAAAUAACAGUAUUGGAUAAAUCAAGUCAUUUUGUUACUCACAUAAUUGGGUCAUAUGAAAUCGAUUUGACUUCCGUUUACUUUUAAUUAGGCCAUGAAUACUUUCACACUUGGCUUACGCUUACAGAUCCCACUGAUGAGGUUGAAGGUCCCACAGGAUAUCUAUAUGUUAACUUGAGUGUCUUAGGACCCGGAGAUGAGCCUGUAUUGCAUGAUAUAGAAAAUGCAAAAAAAGCUGGCAGUGGAAAGGAAAAAUCAUUGGUACCAUAAAAGGUUGUACAAACAGGACACUUAAUAGAAAUUAAUAUAUACAGGGCUGAGAAUUUACCAUGUCUCGAUAACAGCUUAGAGUCAAUAGAUGCAUAUGUAAUAGCAAAAUUUGGCGGUUAUAUGGCUUAAACUCAUGUAGUUAAAUCAAGAAAUCCAGAAUGGAACGAAUGUAUUAAGCUUUAAUGUAUGUUGCCUUGCUAAUCAAAAUAAAUCACUAUACAGGUUUAUGAUAAGGAUAUUGGGUCUGAUGAUGAUUUAGUAGGCUAACUGAAAAUUAACUUAGCUGACAUUAUGUACAAAAAACAUCAACCAAGAUGGGGAAACCUAUAUGGAUCACCCAUAACAGCUUAAGGCAAAGAUGCAGAUUUAAUGAAUUUUUAUGGAUAAACUAUGGGGUCUCACUACAGAGGUAGGUUAUUAUAUUCUUGUUCCAGUUACAAUAAAAAAGAUCCUCGUACUAGCACUAAGCUUCUUUAAUUUUCUUUCCCUCAUAACCCAAUUCCAUAGACCAAGAUGAGAUCUUACUAUUUAUGGAUAGACAUUCUUGAAGGGAAUGAAAUUCCAGAUAAAAAAGGCGAUAUGAUUGUGCACGUUAACAUUGGCCCAUACUUACUCUAUUCUUAAUCUAAAAUUAACAUUAAUGGGCAAGUUAACUGGUUUGAAAGUUUAGAAGAGAGAAAGGUUAUAUUCCCUGAAGAUGUUGAAUAAAUUCCAGAUCUUAUUUUUUAUGUAACUGACGAAAAUAGUGAAGAUCGUAGAAUGAGUUUUAAUAGGAUUAAAGCAAGCAAAAUUCUUAGAACUUAAUAAAAUUUUGAUCCAGAUGUAGACCACGAAACUCUGUUAGUGGAAUUAAAAGAAGACAGAUCACUAGAUUUAGUAAAAGACGAUGAAUUUCCCGGGUUUUUGAUAAUAAAAGCUUCUUUGUUGAAGUUUAGACCACAAAAAGAGCGUAAGUUCUUUACAGCAGAACAUUAGCGUCAAUUAUUAGCUGAUAUGAAUGAGUAUUAGUUACGUGUAUAACUUUAUUAAGCUAGAGGAUUACCUCCUGCUGACGAAACUGGAGGAUGUGAUCCUUUUAUCAAAGUGAAAUGUGCAGGUUCUGUGGGAACAUCUAAAGUCAAACAAAAAACCUUAAAUCCAGGAUGGUUUUAGAAUAUUAAUUUAGAUAGAGUUGUUCUUCCUUCCAUGGAAAGCCUUAUGAAAACUAAAUAUCCUACUAAAGGUAUGUUCCUGACGGUAUAUGACUGUGAUGAAAAUAGAUUGGUUGGUUAGCCAAAAGAGAAUUUGUUAACAAAAAUAGAAAAUUUCAACUUUAAAAAGCAAAUUAAUAAUUUGUAUAGUAAAAUAAUGAAUAAACCUGGAGAUGAUGGAGUGGAUAAUAUGGAAAUAGAAGACUAAAAAGCACUCAAUAAGAGUUUAGUAAAGACAAAGAUGAAUAGUACUCCUGAGUCAACUCCUUUAGAUGCCUAAGCAGGUGAGAAUUUAGAACUGAAUGACUCUGGUAUUAUUAUUAACGAUCCAGAUAAAGUAGAGAAAGAUUUAUUAGGGCGUAUAUGGAUUCCUUUAGAAGCAACUCAUGUUAAAUUUAAAAUUAAAAAUAAUUAAACCCCUUAAGAUAAUCCUCAAUUAUUUGAUAUUUUAUAUCGUAGACCAAAAUGGUAUCCAGUCAAAUAUGACGCAAAUGGCUAAUAUACUGGCUAAGUUUUGUUGAGUUAUACAUUAAUUCCUAAUUUAUACAGCGAUGUGAUAAAAUAAAAACCUAAUCUAUUUCCUAAAUUUGAGGUUAAAAAAAUAAGUUUCUUUUUAAUAGGUGUGAGAGAAAUAGAUGAGGAAAUAUUAGGAAUGAAACUAAGAAAAAUAUAAGCAAGUUUAGAUGUAUCUGGAGAUUCAUAAGAAUAAUUUAAGACAGGAGAAAUGAAAGUUAUUAAUAGUGGUGGUAAUAUUAACUAGUAUGUCGAGUUUUAAAUAAAAGUCCCACUCAAUAAGUCUUUUGAUCCAGUCGUUGACAUAUUCUUAUGGGAUUGUUCACGCUCUGAGCCUUAUACAUUUUUAGGAUAUGGAUCACUUCCUUUCAAAGACAUUCCUUAUCUUAAAUAUAACAAGAAUCAAUAAGAAAACUUUGAUAUUGAAAGCGAGAUGAGUUUAGUUGACUGUUUAAGGGAAGUUAUCUUAUUAGAGAAAAAAAUGGGUAGUAAGUUAGAUUUAAAGGACAAAAAAGAUUAGGAUGAACCAAAAGAAGAAAGAAAAAUUUAUAAAAAAAAAGAAAAUCCUAACAGUCAAAGUUAAAACAAAAUAGAAUAAUCUAACAAUGCUGAAAAUCAAUUAGCUCAGAAUGAUAGUAAAUUCAUUUAAGAAGGAUUGAAUGCUAAGAUUGGAUCGAAUUAGGUUAACUUAGACAGCUAAUAAGUUUAAAAGAAAGAUGUUUAAGAAGAAGUAGAUGAUAUUAUAGAUGAGCCAAAUGUUCAGUAAAGAAAUUAACUCGAUUAAAUUUAUGAAGAAGCAGACAUUGAAAUCACUGAUGUCAAAGAAAAGCAAUUUGAUAAUAAUGAAAUUAAUGUAGUACCAGCUUAUGAAAAAUAAAAUUCAUAAUAGUAGCCCUUGAUUACAAACUUGCCUACAAGACCUCUUGAUUUAUAAAAUAUGAAUAAAACAAAUAUUAUUGAUAUUAAAGAUCCUUCUUCAAUUUAGCAAAAUGAUUUUAUAACUAAUCCUCCUGUUAUUUAAACUAUGAAUACAUAAGUUAGCUAGAAAGAUGAAAACGCUAAACUAAACUAGAAAUAAUUGAAGUCAUAACAAACAAAUGGUUAAUAAGAUACGAAUAAUAAAUUGGCUCCUUCUAAUACUAUGAGAGAUAAAAAAAAAUUAGAUAACUCACAACUAACAAACGAACACCAUGAUAACCUAGAAGAACCCGAAGGAGAUAAAGAUUAAGGUUAAGAUGAUUAAGCUGAAAAUAAAUAAACAGCUAAACCUCAACAAAAAGUGAAAUAUGUUUAAAAAUCAGAAAUUUCUACUUUCGACCCUCCUUAGAGUUUAUCUUUCUCAGUAAAAACUAAAUCAAAGAGAUCACUUCACUUCGAUGAUAUACCAAAAGAAGGAAAAUAUGUUGGAGAAGAGUAGGAAGAAGAAAAUAAGGGAUUAAUUUCUGGAAAAAUUCUUGGUUUAUUUAAGAAAAAAGGAGGAAUUAAAAUUAUAGAAUAUGAAGACUAUGAUACUGACGAAGAUGAAGACUUAGAUAUUACUCCAGAGUGGAAGAAAAACAGAGAGAUUUUCUUGUCAGAAUUUGAAGAUAAACACAAACCCUCAAGAAAAUUAACUUGCAUUCCAAUUAUGAGAGGCUAAUCGAGAGGAGUUAAAAAGGAUAUGUUUUCCUUCGAUAAACCAGAAGCACCAAGCUAAUUUGCUAUGUUAAAAUGCCUUUUCUUAGAUCAAAACAACUAAAAUUUCUUAAAGAAAGUUGAAGAACUUAAAAAAUUACUCAAAGAAAGAGACUACUUCAUAAGAAUUUAUGUCACAAGAGGUAAAAAUAUAGGUGGUGAAGGUUUUUCACCUGACUCUUAUUUGAAGCUGAAGCUUGGAGAAAAAGUAGUUGACCUAAAGAGUAAGACAUUACAAUAAGAUACAAACAACCCUGAUUAUUAUAUUUCUUACGACUUCGAAUGCAAGCUUCCAGGAAGUGCUGUAUUAGAAGUAUAGAUUUGGAAUGAUGUCAUUGGCUCAGAUGAAAUGAUUGGUAAAACUGUUAUUGAUAUGGAAAAUCGUCUUUUCACAGGUAAGUGGCUUUAAUACCAAAGAAAGCCAUUCGAAAAUAGAAAUAUUUUCCCAGAAGAUGAAUCCGUUUCAAAGGGUAAUUUGGAAAUGUGGGUAGAACUUAUUCCAAAAUCUCUCAUAAAAUAAAUGCCUCCUUUACCUAUUACUAAGCCUCCUAAAUAUGAAUUUGAAAUAAGAGUAAUUGUUUGGGAAACAAAAGACUGCGUUUUUAAAGAUGAAGCUGAGAAAUGUAAUGAUGUGUAUGUACGUAUAGGUUUAUAGAAUAAACCAGAUGAAUAUUAAGACACAGAUGUUCAUUGGAGAUGUAGAUCAAAUGGAUUCUUUAAUUGGAGAAUGAAAUUCCGCUAAUCUUAUCCUUUGAACAAUGAUGAGUAUGGUGGAGAUAAGUUAUUUGUACAAUUACUUGAUAAAGAUAUAAUUGCUUCUGAUGAUAUAAUUGGAAGCUGUACUGUAGAUUUGAAUUAGCACAAACUUAUCGAUAAAUGUUUAAAGAGACAAAAAGCUGUUUAAUUAUAAAUGAGAGAAUUAAAUAGAAAAGCAAAAAUAACAGAUAAAAUUUGGUACUAAGUUUACAAUCCUUUAGUAAGAGACAAAGCUAAUAAGCCCAUCAUUUAAGGUUAAGUUUGCCUAAGUGUAGAAAUAAUGCCUGUUAAUGUUUCAGAAGAAAAGAAAAAUGGUUUAGGAAGAGAUUCACCUAAUAAUUUCCCUCCAUUAGAUGAACCUCCUGGAAGAAUGAAAUUUGAUAUUUUGCAUCCCCUUGAAUUCAUUAAGACUAUUGUUGGCCCUGAUCUGUAUAAAAAAUGCUGUGGAGUUUUUAUAUUUGUUUUUUGCUUUGUGAUAUGCUUCGGAUUGGGUUGGGUUUUAAUUUCUCAAGUUAUAGCUAAUGCAAUUAUUUGA